UUACAAUAAGUCAGAAGCGUAUGAAUACUUUUGUCUCUUAUAUGGUAUAUCUUAGAAGUUGAAAAGAUAGGACAUUCCAGGUAAGAAAAGCAGCUUUGCACAGCGAAAGGUAAUGAUCUGGUAUUAAAAGCUGGAUCGAGAGGAGAUCUCUCCUCCGUCGGUCCGUCGUUCAUCGUCGGUCGUCCGUCGACCGUCGGGCAAACCAUCGAGGGUCCCUUUCCCCUCGUCUCGGGCUUCAUCGGUGGGCACGAUCGUAAAGCAACAAGUGUUAGCAGCUCUUCGGCCCGUCGCUCCGCCCCCAACUAGCAGCCGCUGCUGAAGCGAUCGGUGGAAAGUGCCCUGAGGCGAUUCAACCACCUCACUCGAGCGUCGAUCGCGCAAGCAACUAGAAAUCCUCGACCUACACUCAGGCUUUUCGUUCUUACGUACUUCGUUUCGUUUUCCUUCGAGUACCGAAAGACGAGCGCGAUGUUUAUGGUCGCCGCGCGAUCCUGACACGCGCCACGUACCAUUCGUGCCUCCAUCGAGAGUGAUUACUUUUGUCGACUCUGUCGCGCGAGGCGAAGUGACAGGAGUGUCGGCCGCUUGCCUGUGCUCGGAACUACCACGAAAAUCUUGCAACAGGUUCGACGGAACACACCAGGUGGAAGAAUCGCGAGCCUCGGCGAAUUUUCGCCUACAACCUGUGAGAAUCUAUGCAUCGAAUUUAUAUAGUGAAUUUCGUGCACGACAACUGGAAAAGUCUUCGUGGUGGCGUUUAAAGAUCCCUGUGCCAUUAAGAUCGUGGAAACGUGAAUCGGUGAUAGCUGGCGAACAGUAGGAUCUUACAGAAUCGGAAGCGAGCGUCGAUCGCGAGAAGCGAGGCUAUCGGAAGUAUUUCGGCGAUAGAAGAAGUUCUAAGAAGUGACGGCGUAAGAUCGAGGCCGAGAAACCGUGGAAUACGCAGCAUUCAGCUUUGACUCGUGCGUUCUGGAACGUCGAUCGUUUACAGUUGAAGAGAGAAGGAGAGAGUGCGGCCGAUAGUGGAAGCAGAAGGAAAAAAAGAGUAAAACGGGCCGAUACACAAAGAAGAAGAAGAAGAAGAAGAGAUUAGAAUUGCCGUGGCUCGAGUCACGACGAGAAAAAAGUCGUUGGAAGAUAGGCCGAGACCUCGGCGAGUUGCCGACGGCUUGGCAUGCAUACCCGUUGCGUUUGCUCGGUUCGUAAUCGAGUGCAAAAUUAAUUAAACGUGACAAACGUGCGCGCCGCGCUCCGAUACCAGGCCAUCUCGCGUCGGAGGGAACGAGCCGAACAGAAAAGAAGAGAAAUCACCGACGCAGCUGGAACAGAAGCGCGAGAAACGGAAGUGACGUGUUACCGCUACGAUAAAAUGGUAAUUGCAAUUAAUCGAUGAACCGUCGCUGGGUAACGUGCACGUUCUCCUUCGAACGAUGAACGCUCGUAGCGCGCGAUAAAUCCGUGGAUUCGUCGGACGCGCCAUCGUUUCUCUCCUUGCUUUCGCGAUCGAACAAAAUUGAGAGAAGAUGAACGAUAUCAUGGGUGAGGCAUCCGGUUCGAUUUCGUCGAGCGGCGCUGCUGCUAAUUCCGUCAACUCUAACAGCCCUAUCGCGACUAAUAGCAAUGGAAGCAAUGGUAACAACAAUAAUGGAAAAGCGUCAGCUGUCGCUGCUACGGUCGCCGCGAAUGGAGGCGAAAGAAUCAGCGCAGCGGUUACCAAAGUUCUUCAGGGAUACGAUUGGACCCUGGUACCUGUUGCUACCAAGGGUUCUGGUGAUAAAAGAGCGGCCCACGUGAAGAGACCUAUGAACGCGUUUAUGGUGUGGGCUCAAGCUGCAAGGAGAAUACUCGCCGAUCAGUACCCGCAGCUUCACAACGCGGAACUAUCCAAAACACUGGGCAAGCUUUGGCGGUUGCUGUCCGACAGCGACAAGAAACCUUUUAUCGAGGAAGCCGAUCGUCUCCGCGUGAUCCACAAGCGCGAGCAUCCGGACUACAAGUACCAACCUCGUCGUCGAAAGCAAAACGGGCCGUCGGGUCGAGAAGGAUCGCCGUCGAGGAACCAAAGCAACGUGACCUUCAACGUGUCCAGGUCGUUGAAGCAAGAGGACGCGAGUCCUAGGGGCACACAGGGACCGAACUCGCCUCAGAGCGGAGUUAGUUCUUCUCCUCCGACUACCCCUAAUCAAGGAUUGUCACCCCCGACCCCUCCCACUACCCCGCGCGGACAACAUUACGCGAAUCAGGGAAAUCAGCCGCAGCCAAAUAGUACGAUGUAUCAGCAAGACUUGGCGAUUGGUUCGUCGAGCGAUUCACCGCAUCAACAUCAAUCAGGAGUCGACUUCAGGUACAUCGAAGUUGGAGAUGGUUUACCAAUCGAGGAGGGUCAAUUGAACGGUCUUGGGUCUCUGGGCGGCGUUGGUUUGAACCUUCCAUUGAACCUUCAAGAAUGCGAAGUCGAGAGCAACGAGCUGGACCAGUACCUUCGGCCUCAGGUGCCGGCGGUACACGUAGCCGCACCAACGACCACCUCCUCUCAAUGGAUAUUCAACAGAUACGAGGAGGAGAUCGAGAGACCGAACAAGAGACACUGCUCGGAGCAACCAAUCGCCGAGACGUCUUGGGAAGACAGAGCGCAGGCGGACAUUGUCAGAUACCACGAGCUUCAGCCACCACUUCCUCCUAUGCAGUACAUAUCCUCUUCCCAUAAUCCACACUAUUCGCACACGACUACGCAGAUGAGCCAUCCGCACGUGUCUACGUCCUACGCGCAAUACCAACGUUACGUACCUGGUAUCGAAACUUGGUCCCAUUACAUGUAGGAACAAAGAGAACAGCGCGAUACGCACGUCGUCGCCUAAUCGACAUUUUUCCAGAGACUAUUCUUUGGAAACUUAAAUGGUAAAUUGUGUCCCCUUUUACGAACUAACUAUAUUAUUAAGUUUUCUCAAGGUUACAUAUUUUAUUGCUGACUUUUCCAAGCGUGUCUGUACGUGUGUGUGUAUGUGCACGAGUGUGUUUGACGUAUGCAUGGUGCGUAUGCUAUGCGCGUACGCGUACACUGCGUCCUAUAAUUAUAAAAUCACAGGAACAAUUUCAAUUAAUCGUUUAAAUUUCGGCACAUUCUUUUCACGUUCUAAAAAUCGACAAAGUCAAAUAAAUGGAAUCGAAUGUUCUAUUGUUAUUGAAUGUUAGGCGAAAGAUAGAAAAGUUAUCGUUUACAGUGGUUACAAAUUGAUAGUAUUUUGUGAUAAUAGGUAUGUGUGGGCAAGUGAAAUUUCAAUCAUGACAUGAGUUAACCACGACAUAUAAAAAUUGAAAAUGUUUAAAUGAUGUUAUCAUUACGAUGUAGUGUAGUGUGUUUGUAUGGGUGUGCGCGCGUGUUGCGUUAGCCCGAGAGCGGAAACUGGAUCGCGUGAAGUCGAAUUAAUUAGAAGUUUCCGCGUUUCGAGUUGAACACGUUUCGUGAUCGUUGGACGUUUGGAGGACAUAGAGAUGUUACGGCGCGCACAGCCACGAUCUUACUCCAUGACAUCAUUCCAUGACAGUCGGCCAUUCCAAAGCGCAGAAUUUCAGGCUAAACAAACAGCUCGCUCGAUACGGUGGCCUGCCGCGCGAUCUAAAUAUAAUAAUAAUAUAUAAGGCUCGAAGUGUAAACCGGCCGCUGCGCUGGCGAGUGCGAUUCGGUUGCUUAUCGAAGCUGCCACGCUCUUCAAAUAAACCUGCGAAAUUCGAUCGGUCGUAGUUGCAUCGCCAAAGUCACGCGACAUGGCUGUACCACGUCCACGUGGACGUCCUCUCUGCGAAUUUCGAGUCCAAAGGUGCGUCAGGCAGAGCUGCUGGAUUUUUCGAGAAAGGAAGACUCGGUUAAAAUGUCCUAUCUAUCAUUUUGAAAGCGAAGAAAAUCGAAAUCUUAUUAUUUCUGCGAUGUUUGCUUCUUUUCAUUCGAUUUUAAAUACCUAGGCAUUGUUUCGUAACAUUCUAUAAUUAUUAUACGUAAGUAUACAAAGAGAUAAUGUACUAUUAACGUAGCAAUUAAUUAAAUGCUUCAGAUAGUGGGAAAGACGUGGUACAGUGACAUACGCUCAACAUACCCUCGCACAUUGGUACAUUUAGAUUAAUCACUACAUUUCGUACGAAAUUACCAGGUGGUCUAAUACUUGCGAACAGGGAUGCGCGUACUAUUAACGAUAAAAUGCCUUAAACGUUAUAAACAAUGAUAUAAUAAUAUAAGCGAAGCGUUAUAAAUGGAUAGAAUCAUUUGACAAGCAAUUAGGGCAAAUAAAUCAAACUGUUUCUAUAUCUCUAGAAGAGACACAGAGUUUCGUAACUUUACAUAAAAGAUAAAAGAUACGUUGUAAGAGAAUUUCGAGCACUUUAA